UAUGAAACGACACAGCGCGCCAAUGCAUUUCCGCCGUUUGGGCGAUGACGAGGACGAUAUAUCGGACGUGAUCAACAGCCAGAGGGAAAUCAACAGGUUGCGAUCUGAAGUUAGACGAUUACAGAAUCAGUGCGACCGACUGAAGAAUGAACUGUCAGCAAAUGAGCGGGAUGAAGACGGCUACAAUGUCACUGCCGUACUCCAGAAUAAAGUUAAAUCAUUGGAGGUGGCGCUUUCGGCCGAAAGGGAACACCAUGAACGAGAACUUCAAGCUUUAGAAAGGUUACACAGAUCCCAACCAGCAGUGGACGAUAAAAGCAGUUUUGAAGAUAUAGAAAAAGAGUCGCUUAAAAAGCAAUCAGAAAGAUUACAAGAGGAGCUCAGAAGCGCCAAUCAGAGAAUUAUCCAACUGGAAGAAUGUUGCGAUGGUUUAGAUAGACGAUGCGAAAAUACCGAUUUAGAGGCGGCAACAUUACGCGACGAAUUAGACGUUUGCAAGAUGAAACUUUUAGAGAAUGUUGAGAGUGGCCAGAUUGUUUGCGCUCUCUUUUGUGUGAAGUCGCCUUUAAGGUCAGCUACAAUCAAUAUAGCGGAUUGUAUAAAUAUGCAGGAAUUGAGAGCGUCUUUUAUGACGGAAUUGGAUAAAACCAAACGUGCCGUAAGCCUUCACAAUCAAAUCCGAGCAAAUACGUUUCUUCACGAGAGAUCGGCUCUAACCGCCCAAUUGUUGAAAACUAAAUGCCAGGAAGAACAAUUGGAGAAAGAUUUAAUUGCAAUAAUGGACGCUCUAGAAAGAUCGACUCUUGAUACCGGGCGCCUUAUGGAAGAUUUGGGUGAUAAAAGAUCUCAAGAUCUAACGCGCAAAAUACUAAAUGCAUUUACGAAGGACGAGAGUUCAGCCGACAAGGAAAGGGUGGACGAUGAUGCUAAGAGCACUGACUCUUUGGCGUGGGAAAAUGAUCCCGGUCUUCAAGAGUCAGAGGUUGAACGUCUAAAACAACAAGUUAACGAAUUUGAAUUGUAUCGUAACGUUGUUGAAAACGAAAAGAAAGCUCUAGAAGAUGUCCUUGUGAAGCAAAGAGAUGAUCUAAAAGAAAAGGAAAAAGCAAUUAAAAGUCUUAAUUCCCAAAUGGCGGAAAAUUUAGACGAAAGUAUAAAAAUUGAAGAGGCAAUAACAGAAAUAAAAGAACUUUUAGGAAAUGAGAAAAAGGAGCAAGAAAUUUCUCGACUUGAAAAGCUUUUACAAGAGGUCGAAAAUCGGUACGCAGCCUUACAUUCCCUAGAAAAUAAUAAAGAAACUACUAACGUUGAACUGGUCAAAAUCAAUAAUCAUCCUAGUUCAGAGACAGAAUUAAAUAAUCGCAUCUCUGCAUGUGAGGAAAAAGUUAAUGAUAUAAUACAAAAGUUAGAUGAAGACAAUACUAUGAAAAUUAACGAAAGCGUUCAGCUAGAAUUAGAAAUGUUAAGAGCUCGAUUAAAUGAGGCAGAAAGUUUAGCUAAUCCAGAUCCUGAGUUAUGUUCAUUAAAAGGUCGGUUAGAGGAGAGUCAGAAUGCUUUAGACGUAGCUUUAAAAAAUCAAAAAUUGGCUGAAAUUGCUUUUGAGCAACUCAAGUUUGAGUACGAUAACAAAAUGGCUGAUUUUGAGAAAAUUCGUGCUGAAAUGGUUAUUUUGGAAGAUAGGAAUAGGAAGGCAUUGCAACUUGCUCAAGAAUUAUCCAUUCAAAAAUCAUUAAACGAUGAAUUAGUAGAAAAAUUAGAGAAGAGAGAUGAAGAAUUGGGGCUUAUGAAAAACGGUAUAAAAAAUAAAGAUCUAAAGGUGAAUAAUGAUGACGUAGAUGAGCGGAUUGUUGAAGGUCAAGCAGAUGAUGAUAAUUCUGACAAUUUAAAGAAGACUAUAGAAGCCCUUAAGAGAGAAAAGGAUGAAUUACAGACAACGCUACCUUCCGUUCGAGCCGCUUUUCAAACGGCGACUAUGCAAUUAGCAGAUUCCAAGCAGCAAUUGUCUCAAGCGCUUUCGGAGAAAGAGCAAGUGUCUGCUGUACUUAAUGAUAAAUCAAGAGAAAAUGCUCAAUUAAAAAGAGAAAAUGCUAAAUUAUUAGAUAGUAUAGCCGAUUUAAAGAAAAAACUGGAAAAUGCUGGGAAUGUUAGGGUAAAAUUCGAUUCUUCGACAAUAGAGAGUGAUAAUGAGAUGUCGAAAGAUACUAUACAAAAACUAAGCCUACUAAUAAGAGAACGAGAUCAAGAAUUAGAAAUGUUAAGGCAAAAGUGCGAUAGUCUCGGAGAUUUAUUACAAAGUUCUGGCCAAGAUCUACAAACUGCUCACCAAUUAGCCCAACUUACUCAGGAUAGAGCCGUUUUAACUAAUGCAUUACAACAGAAACAUGCAGAAAGUGUUGGUUAUCAUCAGGAAGUUGUUAGAUUGAGUAAUACUGUUUCAAAACUGCAAGGCGAAUUAGUCGAGUUGAGAAAGAGCUUUGAAGAGAAAUCUGAUGCGUUAGCUAAAGCGACUUUAGAUGUUAGUGAAUUAAGGCAAGUUUGCUUACAGCAAGAAGAAUGUGCACAGGAGCUAAAAAAGAAAAUAGACAUUGAUGUAAACAACGUUGACGCUAAUAAUCUUGAAGACGACGUACAGGAAAAACGCCUAACAAUAAACAAGCUUGAAAAAUUGCUAGCGGAACGCGAUGCGACCGAAUCGCAAUUACAAAGUCACAUGGCCUCUUUGCAAAGUCAACAGGAAAAACUAGAGGAGCAAUUACUUAGCACAAAAGUGUCGUUAGAAUCUACACUUAUUGAUUUGGAGAAUGCAACUUCAGAAAGGGACUUGGCUAAGGCUGAGAAGGAUGAGGCUUUGAAUCGGGCGUGUACACUUCAGUCAGAAAUAAUUGAGUUAAGACAAAAAGCAACGUCAUAUCAGUUGGAGUUAAAUGAUUGUAAAGCCAGGCUAGAGUCCGUCAAAAAAGAUGAUGAAAGGGAAUCCGCUUGGGAAGGUCAUGUGAAGGGUGUAACUCAGGAAAGAGAUAAAGUUAUCAGAAAAAACGCAGAUUUAACAAACUCUUUGGAGCAGAGUAAAAACGAAGUUACAACUUUGAAAAAUCGCGAAAUGAGAUUACAGUCCGAGUUGGAACGUUUACGAGCUCAUUUGAUACAAAUGGAAGACGGUCAUACUCAAGAUUCUAUUCUUUCUAGUCAGAGAGAAGCUGCUUUAAGAGAGAAGCUUGAAUUAGCAGAAAAGACCGCAAAUGACCGAUUAAAAACCGUCGAGGGUACGAAAUCGGCUGCGGAUUCGACGGUAAAACAGCUUCGUCUGCAGAUUAGUGAAAUAUCUAGGCAGCGUGAUGAGGCCUAUGUCCAGAAUACGAAUUUGAGGAGUCAGCUGGAGCAACACGUGACCGCAGUGAAGAAUCUACAGUUAGUUCUCGAGCAGUUCGAAGCUGAAAGAGCAGAUGGCGAAUCAAAAGCCUACGAGGAGGUAAAACGUUACCGACACGAUGUCGAACACUACAAGGACCACAUUAGAAGGCUGGAAAGCGAAUUAGAAGAAGCAAGAGAAGGUUUAGAAGCGGCUCGUCGAUUAAGCGAGCAACUCGAUAGAAAAUCGGAGGCAAUUUCGGCAUUAAAGGAGGAAGGUAGGAAGUUUUUACAAAUUUUAUUGAUUAUAAAAAAUUUUUAUUAUCACACUUACACAAUUGUUUUCAUUUGUGGUGAACGGUUUAAUUAA